AUGGACGAUGCCGCCGCGACGCUCGGCACCAGGAGAGCAGUCGUAUUCGACAUCGAGCAGCAGCCGCCGGCGCCGGCGCCGCGGCAAGAUUUGCCCUCGUCCUCCUCGUUCCAGGUUCACCGAUCCAUUCUCAAGCGCCCCUCCAGGAGCAUCCAAGAGGAAGGGCAAGAAGCAGGAGAAGCUCGCAAUGGCGGCGAAAGCCCGUGGUCCGAGGAAGAUUACGAUCCUUACUAUGGGCUGGGGAUCAGGACCCGCCCCGAUCUUCCAGUGCUACUCGUCUUCAACCUUAUGGAGUCCCGCCGAUUCAAUACCUUCUCGUCCCCGACGCGCACGAGGCUGUUCUACACGGCGACGAUCCUCGGGGGAUCCAUCAUCGCCUCCUGCCUCGUCUUCUGCAUCGCCCUCCUGGUAUUCCAGCUCCGGGAGCGCCCGGAGCUCCCGAUCGUGAGAUUUAAAUCGGUGCUCGUGAGCUAUGGGAGGCUCUACCGCAUCAAGCCAGAGGUGAUCCGGCAGCAACAGGUGGAAGGCAAGGGGAACUAUUUCGCUUACAAGUUGAACUUUCUGUGCGAGGUCCAUAUGAACAUCACCAAUUCAAACCGGCACCUCGACAUGUUCCACCACUGGAUCGAGACCACCGUGUACUACCAUGGCACGCCCAUCGCCGUGGAUCGCAUCGACAACAUCCCGCAUCCACGCCGUGGGAUCAUCCGGCCCGUGUUUACGGCGUUUGCGAUCUCCCUGCCGCUCACUGUCGCCGUUGGAAACAAGCUCGACGAAGAGCUCCAUGACCCGCGGCUCUCGUACAGUGGUCCUACUGGGUUGGCAUUCGAGAUCAUCUUCCAGUCGGAGAUCUCGCUGCUCGAGGCCCUGCGUCCGCUGCCAUUUUCGUGGCGAUGCCGGUGUUCAAUCUUGACCGAUCUUUUGCUGGACGGAUUUAAGUGCCGCUGCUUGGACGCGAAAUGGCGUCCACGAGAACACCUCAAACACUAUCGUGUGCCAUCUUGGCCCAGGGAUGAGACGGAAAUUAUCGAGAACAAUUUUUCUUAUCCUGACGAUUACUACGAUCCCAGUGUGAAUUACUACGCCAAUACCAAUUCUUCCCAUCCAUACCUAUACUAUACAUAAGUGGCAAGCUUUUCGCGAAGUUUCUUUUGAUCAACAAGAAAAAAAGAAGAUCAAAACAGCAUCCUUGUUACUCGUUUCUAUACUGAUUUGUAAUGAGUAUUCCUACAU